AUGGACUUGCUGUCUGGAACCUACCUCUUGGCAGUCUUAUUAGCCUGUAUUGUAUUCCAGUCUGGCGCCCAGGAGAAGAACUACACCGUGCGGGAAGAACUGCCUGAAAAUGUCCUCAUUGGCAAUUUGCUCAAGGAUCUUAACCUAACACUGGACCCAGACAUGCCCCUUUCCUCACCACUGCAGUUCAAGCUUGUGUACAAGACUGGGGAUGUACCAUUAGUACGGGUGGAGGAGAACACAGGGGAGAUAUUCACCACUGCCAACCGCAUAGACCGGGAGAAGCUGUGCUCCGGCAUCUUCACUGAGAAUCGCUGCUUCUAUGAGGUGGAGGUUGCUGUUUUGCCUGAUGAGGUGUUCAGAUUGGUCAAGAUCAGAUUCCUAAUAGAGGAUAUAAAUGACAAUGCCCCCCUUUUCCCCUCGACAGUUAUUAACAUUUCUAUCCCUGAAAACACAGCCAUUAACUCCCGCUAUUCCGUGCCAUCCGCCAUCGAUCCGGACAUCGGGGUGAAUGGUAUCCAACAUUAUGAGCUCCUUAAGCCCAAAACAACUCUGAAAAGGACCUUUGGAUCCAUUACAAAUGAUCAGGGUCAAAACGUGUUUGGUCUUGAUAUAAUUGAGACACCUGAGGGAGAUAAGUGGCCUCAACUUAUUGUCCAGCAGAUCCUGGACAGGGAACAGAAGGAUACCUAUGUGAUGAAAAUUAAAGUUGAAGAUGGUGGAAGCCCUCCAAGGUCUAGCACUGCCAUCCUGCAGGUCACAGUGACUGAUGUGAAUGACAACCGCCCGGUGUUCAAGGAGAAUGACAUUGAAGUUAGUGUUCCAGAAAAUGCUCCAGUGGGCACCUCUGUUUCUCAGCUCCAUGCCACUGAUGCAGACCUGGGCUCAAAUGCACAAAUCCACUUCUAUUUCAGCAACCAGCUCUCCAGUCUGGCCAAGAGGCUCUUUGCCAUCGAUAACACCACUGGCCUCAUCACUAUACAAGAACCACUAGACAGGGAGGAAUCUCCUGUCCACAAAUUAACCGUUUUGGCCAGUGAUGGCAGCUCCACUCCAUCGAGAGCUACAGUGACCGUGAACGUCACAGACAUCAACGACAACGUCCCAUCCAUAGACACGAGGUACAUCAUCAACCCUGUGAACGGCACGGUGCUUCUGUCCGAGAAGGCUCCCCUCAACACCAAAAUCGCCCUGAUCACCGUCAUGGACAAGGACGCUGACCUGAACGGGAAGGUGACUUGUUUUACGGAUCACGAUGUCCCUUUCAGGCUGAAGCCGGUGUUUGAUAACCAGUUCCUCCUGGAGACAGCCACCUUUCUAGAUUAUGAAGCCACACGGGAAUAUGCCAUUAAAAUAGUGGCUUCGGAUUCGGGGAAGCCUCCCUUGAACCAGUCUGCAAUGCUCCUGAUCAAAAUCAAAGACGAAAAUGACAACGCCCCAGUCUUCACACAGCCCGUCAUAGGCCUUUCCAUCCCCGAAAACAACGCUCCUGGCACUCAGCUGACCAAGAUAAGCGCUACGGACGCUGACAGUGGGCGCAAUGCUGAGAUCAGCUACAUCCUGGGUUCUGAUGCACCCCCUAUCUUUAACCUUGACCGCCGUACAGGCAUUCUGACAGCAGUGAGAAAGCUGGACAGAGAAAAGCAAGACAGGUACUCCUUUAGUGUGCUGGCUAAGGAUAAUGGGAUGCCACCCUUGCAGACCAACGCUACUGUGACAGUGUCAGUCCUGGACCAGAACGAUAACAGUCCUGCCUUCACACAUAAUGAAUAUAAUUUCUAUGUGCCAGAAAACUUACCCAUGUAUGGCACAGUGGGGCUUAUCACAGUUACAGAUGCUGACUCAGGAGAGAAUGCUGCAGUCACUCUGUCUAUAUUAAAUGGUAGAGAUAAUUUCAUUAUAGAUCCCCUUACUGGUGUCAUAAGACCUAAUAUUACCUUUGAUAGGGAACAGCAGGGGUCAUACACUUUCCAGGUGAAAGCUGUGGAUGGUGGAAGACUGCAGCGUUCCUCAACUGCCAAAGUGACCAUCAAUGUUGUUGAUGUAAAUGACAACAGGCCUGUUUUUGUCACUCCUUCCUCUAAUUAUUCGUAUGAGUUGGUUCCAACAUCCACCAGUCCAGGGUCUGUAGUUACUAAAGUCUUUGCAGUUGAUAAUGACACAGGAAUGAAUGCAGAACUCCGCUAUAGCAUCAUAGGUGGGAACUCCAGGGGCUUGUUUACAAUUGACCAAUUGACAGGCAAUAUUACUUUGAAGGAGAAGGUAAUUACAUCAGAUCAUGGCUUGCACAGGCUAGUGAUAAAAGUCAAUGACCUAGGACAGCCAGAGUCUCUUUAUACCAUUGCUCUUGUGCAUUUAUUUGUGAACGAGACAGUCACCAACAGCUCCUAUGUGCAAGAGCUAGUGCGCAGGAACAUGGAAACUCCAGUGGGCCAAAACGUUGGGGAUGGUGAGAUAACCCCACAAACCAAUGAUUAUGUCAAGAUCAUCAUUGCCAUUAUUGCAGGCACCAUGACAGUGAUUCUGGUGAUUUUUGUUACUGCUUUAGUACGCUGCCGCCAGACACCUAGGCACAAGGUUGUCCAAAAAAACAAGCAGAAUGGCGAAUGGGUUUCUCCAAACCAAGAGAACAGGCAGAUCAAGAAAAAGAAGAAGAAGAAGAAGCGCUCUCCAAAAAGUCUCCUCCUCAACUUUGUGACUAUUGAAGAAUCUAAGCCUGAUGAUCCUGGCCAUGAGCACAUAAAUGGCACUUUAGACAUUCCUGUCGAGCUCGAAGAACAGACUAUGGGAAAAUAUAACUGGGCCACCACACCGACCACAUUUAAGCCUGACAGCCCAGACUUAGCAAAGCACUACAAGUCUGCUUCACCGCAGCCUACCUUUCAAAUUAAACCUGAGACUCCUGUACCCCCCAAGAAGCACCAUGUCAUUCAGGAACUGCCUCUAGAUAACACCUUUGUGGUGGGCUGUGACUCAAUUUCCAAGUGCUCAUCAAGCAGCUCGGACCCUUACAGUGUUUCUGAAUGCAGCUGUCAAGGAGGCUUCAAGACCCCAGGCCCCAUACACACCAGACAGCACACAAAAGAGGUGGGAAGGCCACAAACUCCUUUGAAAGAAGCACCCUUGGAGCCUUGGACUCAGCCACAGCCUCAGCGCCGUGUCACAUUUCACCUGCCAGAUGGCUCCCAGGAAAGCUGCAGUGACAGUGGGCUUGGAGACCAUGAACCCACGAGCAGUGCUAGCGCCUCGCACCCGCUGCCCCUCGGCUUCCCUCAGGACGAGUACUAUGAGCAAGCUUCGCCCAACAGCCGGACAGAGGGAGAUGGCAACUCGGACCCGGAGUCCACUAUCGAAGUAAGUCUCCAGAAAGCCCUCGCCGAAGCCUCUGAAACCUGCACGCAGGAGUGCUUGAUACUAGGCCAUUCCGACAACUGCUGGAUGCCUCCCUCAUUGACACAGUACCAGCAGUCCAGCAGCCCUUUGCCGUCGUUCGGCUUCCAGCCGGGCUGGGGCCGUGCAGCCAGGCCCGAGGGACGGCACACGCUCGGGAGGCCCCUGCCAAAGGACGACACUGACAAAGGCCAGGGUGGGCCCAGGCCCCAAUUCUACAACACCUGCGAAAGACAUUGCAAUGCCAUCAAGGAUCCCGUCAAAGUCAUCCCUCUGGCCAGCUUCGCUGCGGCGCACCAGCCCCCGGUGUCGGGCGGCAGCGCCACCUUUGUGCACGAGCACCAGCUCUGA